AAUGUCAAAAGCCCAUUGUCAUCGAAAGACAUCAAUUGAAAAUUAAUUUUAUAUAUAGUCUCAUUAGUAGACAAAGUGCGUUUGGCAUAAAUAUCAUUUUUCCAGUCGACAUUCGAAAGGCGCGACGCUUUCAAUUUCAUCACAAUUGUUAAUAUUUAUUCGUUAAAACGUUUCACUUCGAAUAGAAAUUUAUAGGGGAAAAAAGAUGAUUUCAAGAAUCGGUAGUGUGAUUUGCAUUUGUUUUAUAAUCAGUUUGUUUGCGAUUUGCGGCGGAUCAGGCGAAAAAGAAGUUCCGCAAAUGGCCAAAUUUCGGCCAACUAUGAAAUUCCUUUACUGUUAUUCAUGCGGUUACCGAAAAGCAUUCGAAGAAUAUGUAAAUAUAAUUAAUGAACGCUAUCCACAAAUAUCGAUCGAAGGUGCCAAUUACGAUCCACCAGGCCUAAAUUUUUUGCUAUCGAAGGCCAUUUUAGCAGUUAAAAUGAUUUUCAUCCUAAUUAUCGUAUCACAAUACGACGUUUGGGGACAAAUUGGUCAGGCUGUACCUCGAUGGUUCACAUGGUGCACGGAAAAUAAGAUUUAUGCAUGUAUGAUGGUAUUCUUCGUUGGUAACAUGCUCGAAGCUCAGUUGGUAUCAUCGGGUGCCUUCGAAAUUAGCUUGAAUGACAUUCCAAUAUGGUCAAAACUAGACUCGGGUCGUAUUCCAUCGCCACAAGAGCUAUUCAACAUCAUUGAUAAUCAAAUUAAAGUAUUCUCGGAUGCUUUGCCGGCUGGAUUUGAUCAAUAAACAAAAAAAAAUACAAAAGCAAUUUAAUAGACUCUGAAAUUGGUCCUGCAAGUAACACCUUUAAUGAAAUUCAUUUACGCCAUUCGUGGCGAAUUAACAUUAAAAAAAACUUGACAUGACAUCCGAUGAAUUCACACGAAAUUAUAAAUCAGAAAAUAUUGUGUUUAGAUAAAGUGCUUUGUGAAUCAAAUAUUAAACCGAACAAACAAUAAAUAAUAAACAAAUAAAUGAAAACACAAUA